UGCUGACAUAGUGGGGAGGAGAUCAUUGUGUCAUUAUGUAACCUCACUGUGAUGAAUACAAUACAAAGUCCUGUUGAGCAGCAGGAAUGAGCAGUGAUCCCAGCUGGAGGAGGUUGCACUCAGAGGCGGGAGACAAAUGUUCUAUACUCUGGUUUCUCUUCAGAUCAUAUGUCGUCAGCAGUAGUAUUGGAGGCUGGCCUAGACACACCGCCCCGCCUGUGAAUCACCUGUACACCGAGAGCUCUUACCUGUAAUUCCAGCCAUCACUUCCUGUUUACUCACCUGUUAGUCAGACUGGAGAGGCAUAAACAAGCAAUGGCUCCGUUGUGGGGGAAUGUACUAUGGAGGUCUCUUCUCCUCCUAAUGAUGGGUAUCCCAGAGGUUCUGCUCAUAGACAUCCGCAUGGACUCGGCAGUAUAUGGCGUUGUAGGAGAGUCCAUCAAGUUAUGGUGUAGCUUCUACUCAACUGUUCCCAAUUCUAAAUUUGCAGCUGUGGACUGGAGAUACCGCCCGCCACAAGGCCCUGCUAUUACAAUUCUACAUUAUCAGUCAAAAGCAUACCCAAUUCUAGAGGGACCCUUCAAGGAUCGUGUGACUUGGGAGGGGGAUAUUGGCGGAGGAGAUGCCUCCAUUCGGUUGAAUGACCUGAGGCUUACAGAUAAUGGCACCCUGUCUUGUGUGGUGAAAAACCCUCCAGAUGUCCAUGGGAAAGUGCCUGAGAUGAAGCUAAUGGUCACCCUGCAAAGUCUUUCCUUUAAAUUUAAUACAGUCAUCUUGCUGUCUGCACUGGUGUUUAUACCCUCCAUUUUGGUCUCCAUAAUAUUACUGGUAAGAAUGAAAAGGGCGAUUCGGAGAGAGAGAGCCAGGAACAAGAAGCUGAAAAAGUCUCCCAUUGAAGCAUCACGAGACUGUGUCUAUGAUGAAAGUGAUACAGCUCCUCUUCACCACACGUCUUCGUCAUCGGAAAAACCACCAGGCUGUCUAAUGAAGCUUUGUUUACGAUGUGCAGAUGCCGAUGAUUCAUAUGAUUACUGAGAUGAUGACAGUCUCUGUGUGACUGGAAAUAUAUACGGACUAUGAAGGUGUUGUACAAAACAAUGUGGAGAAAUACUUGAACUAUACAGAUUUACUUGGACUGACGUGAUGAAUAUUUUUUUCUUCUGUUCAUGUCAAAUAUAAUACAACAAAGCCGCACUUUGGUUUUGGACUUAAAAUACAGAACUUGAAAUAAAUUAAAGCAUAUUUUUAUAUAUUUUAAUAAAAUGUUUAAUAUUUAGAUAGUUUUUGUUUCUUGUACAGCUAUAAAUAAUAAUUGUAAUAUACAAGUUGUGUGACUGCAA